AUGAAACCUGCUCCCCCGGUUAAUACUGCGGGUUUCGCAAUACUACUUAUUAGCCUACUUACUACACUUGAGUGUGGUAGUGCUGCAAGGGCAUUGCCGAGGUCUGUGGAGUUUCAGAGCCACAACAGGACCCAGAUCGAUGGAAGUGUUUCGUCGACUGCGGAAUUCCCCGAUCUUCACAGUGGUGCCUCCUUCGCGCGUCGACGAACUGUGAAACCUCCAACUUACAAUGUCCCACUAGAUGAUCUGAUUAGAAAGGGUAAUGAGUGGAUCUACCGCGAUUCCCCUCUCAACGUAAUACCGAUAAGUCGAGCACCGCCGCCAACAUUUGGGCAGGUCACGCCACGUCCUCGUGUGUGGCACCGUCGCGAAGCUUUCUACGCCAUUAAAACAAACCUCAACUUCGUCUUCCACGGUCCGUCAAACUACAUCCUUCAGGUGAGCCCGAUAAACCAACCCAUUAACCACCUAGGCUCGAAUCCCGAUAGAAUCGAUUUUAAAACAUAUCGAUUUGAUUAA